UUCUCUCCAAUUACUUUCUAUUGUGCUCCUCACUCACAGUUUCCUGAUCCCCCUCUCCCCCUUCUCUAUUACUCUGCUUCUCUCACUCCCUCUCUCACUCCAACUCACAAUACCUGUUUCUCUCUCUUCCCCAACCCCAUGGCUCUCCGAUCUCUCAAUAACACUCCACCACCGGCGAUUGACCACCGGAAAAAGCCUGCAAAAAUCACCGGAUUCUUGAUAAAUGAUGAAAACAUUGCACCCUCAUCAACAAAUGUGGCUUCCAAUGGACGUGCUAAUCCCCCAGUUGCCAAAUCUAAUUGUGAAAUUCCGGCCUCUGAUCAGGGGAUUGAUUAUAUUGCCUCCAAGAACCUCCCUGCGUUACCGGAUCCAGAGGCCAACAUCCAAUCUCUUAUGGAAAAAUUGGAGUCGAAAGAUUGGUUGACGAUGUGUGAAGCUCUCAACAACACUCGCAGAUUAGCCCUUUACCAUUCCUCAACAUUGCUUCCCCUCAUAGAGAAGGUGGUGAUGGUGUUGGUGAAGGGAUUGAAGAACCCAAGGAGUGCAGUGUGUAAAACAUCAAUCAUGGCUUCCUCUGAUCUCUUCCACUCAUUUCCCCAUAUCUUCUUUUCCACAGCCAUGGCUGAGCCUUUCCACCAAUUGUUACUACAACUCUUGCUGAAAGCAUCACAAGACAAGAAAUUUGUGUGUGAAGAAGCUGAGAAAGCUCUGCAAGCCAUGUCCUCUUUCUUGCCUGGGCUUCCACUGCUCGAAAAGGUCAGGCCUUUGGUUGGCCAUACCAACCUUCGUGUAAGAGCCAAGGCUGCUGUCUCCUUCUGCAACUGUGUUACUAAAAUGGAGUCUAGUGAUAUCAAAGAAUUCGGCUGCUCGGGCCUUCUUCAAGUGGCUGCAGAUUUACUGAAUGAUCGGCUUCCUGAGGCUCGCGAGGCUGCUCGAAAAAUUGCGACCACGAUUUAUACUGUGUUCACCUCAGAGGAAAAGGAAGAAACUACAGCUUCGGAGCAAUGGCAAAGCUUUUGCUUUUCAAAUUUGCCACCCCUAUCAGCCCAAGCAGUUAGCAAAUUAAUUACUUCUCAGUAAUUAAUGGAAUCCACUUGUUAUGUGAAAAAGUAGAAAGGGUUUGAGCAAACAUAAAGUGAAAUGGCAGAGACAGGGUUUGAUUUUCUCUUUUUCUUUGGUAGGUAAUAGGUCUUACAAUUUUUCUUUUCAUGUUGGGAGGUGAUUGUCAAUUUUUUGACACCCCAUCUUUUUUUCUCUUAAGAAACAAAGGACUUGCUCCUCCUUAUCAUGGGGCUCAAUCAGAUGGAUAUAAUGUGCCAAGUGAGAAAACAGGGGAAAUAUCACUUAAUGGUCAAACUUCCUUAUCAAAUCAAUAAGGUUGUCUAAUAAUCAAAUUGGAGACAUUAGAGUAGUUGCUCAAUAAGUUUUAUCUCAUCAAAAAUUUGUUUAAAAAUGUCCAAAAUUUUCGGACUUGGAAACUCAGAACUGGCACUUAAGUGGCCUGAGCCAAGUGGCAUGAAUACCCGAACUUGCUCAGACUUAGAAAAAUAGAACAAGUAUCAUUUCCAAUAGAAAAAAAUAUGAGUUUUGCUUGGGAAUUAAAGAGUAAUGACAGCAGUAUACCUCUUUAGUCCAAACUUAGGAAUGUUAACAUCUGAGCGUGAUUUAUAAUGAAGAGAGGCAUUCCCUAGAAGUGGAGAGCCCAGAUGGGAAUUACAAACCCAGAAGAGAAAGGGCCUUUUGGAGAGAAAGUAGAACAAGGAUCUUAGGAGAGAGCCCCAAAUCAACUAGAUCUCUUCUCAUCUUAGAUCGUCGGUUUUAGAAAGAGUGAAAGAGAAGGAAUGAUGUAUUUUUAGGAAGAAAUAUGCAUAUUCAUUGUCAAGCCUUUGUAUAUUUCAUUUUGGAAAGUAUGACAUAUACAUGAUGUGGA